GGGGAAAGGGAAGGACAAAACGACCAGGAGAAGAAAAGAGGAGGGAUAGAGGAGUGUUUGUUUUCACGUUGUGUGAAUCUGAAUAAAGUUCAGGAGGAAAGAAAAUCCGGUCGUCCAGAUCUUUACAGGACUUAAACCAGUAAAGAGAGAGAGAGAGAGAGAGAGAGAGAGUUUGUGUGUGUGUUUCUCUCAGUUCACAAUCCGACACGUGUUGAGCUUCACGUCUUCACGCGCUUCAGUUAUUCGGGCUGCCGCGCGCACAUGAGCUGUGUGUAAGUGUGUGUAAGUGUGUGUGAGUGUGUGUGUGUUUGUUGAGUCGGAUACAGACACAGUUUUAUCUUCACGUGGCGUUUUUUUCUGGGUUCACUCUGAGCUGAGCAACACGGCGAGGAAAAACCCAGAGCACAGUUUUCUCCCGCUGCUCUUUCUACCCAAUAUCGGACUAUGGCAGCGGUAACAAGCCCGGAUUCAAGCUCACAGAACCGCGUCUAUUUCCAAACUCCUACCGGGACCGAAGAGACCGAGACCCCGGCGCGGAAACAAGGCCGGGUGACGGUGAAAUACGACCGGAAGGAGCUGAGAAAGAGACUGAACUUGGAAGAGUGGAUCAUAGAUCAGCUCACAGAGCUGUACGACUGCGAGGAAGAGGCAAUUCCUGAACUGGAGAUAGAUGUGGAUGAGUUAUUGGACAUGGAGAGCGAUAAGGAUCGAGCUGCACGUGUUAAGGAUCUGCUGGUGGACUGUUACAAACCUACUGAAGACUUUGUAGUCGAGCUGCUUGACAAAAUCCGUGGCAUGCAGAAGCUCAGCACACCUCAGAAGAAAUGAUACACUCACAGCCUCGGCUCCUCCUUCUAACCCUCCCCCAGCCAAUCGCAGCUUCUUCCUCUGUUUUACCAGGUUCUCAAGCAAUCGCAUGAGGCAGAGGGAGAAGUGAUGGGACUGGGGAAUCUAGCCAAUCAGAUUCUUAUAAGCAGGGCUUAUUUUUGUUUUGUUCAUUUUUGUUAACUUUAUGGUAUAUAUUUUUUUUUCUAUAAGGGGAAACGAUUACCUUGUUGUUUUGAGGCAUUUGUAGAAAUCCUAGCAAUAUAUUUCUACAUAUUUUAGGUAUUAGGUGAAUGAAAUUUUGUCCCUAGUGGACAACAAACGUACUGUUUGUAGUUCUCUGGAAUUAUUAUGACCCACACUGCGAUAUAGUAAGUUUUAUGUGGCCUUGUUGUUUUUAUUCUUAUGUAUUCCCUUGUUUUAUCUUAAUCUUUUUUAUCAAAAAUAUUUUUUUCUUUUCCCAUUCAACAUGAAAGUGCUUUGCGAUGAUAGAUCUUUAAUGGGAAUGAUGAGGAUGAGGGGGAUGGUGGUGGAAAAGCUAUUUUAAAAGGCUUUUUUUUUUUUUUUUUUUUAUAAAAGAGACAUUGCAACCCACAUAGACAGAAACCCGCACCCGCAUACACUCACACUCAGACAGACGGGCGUCACCCCCCUCAGGGAUUAGUGGGAACAUGUACCACACACCACAGCUGUGGUUAUUAAGCCCCACACUCACACACAGAUGUGCACACGAUAGCAUGUGGGGCACAGAGGGAGAUGACGGCGUGCUGGAGGGUCUCGCGGCUUGCCGUGAGGUCUGCCAGUUUAUAAGAUCCCAAUUAAUGUUUUCAUUUGAUUCUGCUAAAUCAUCUUACCCAGAAAGCCAUCUGCUUCUUUUCUCAUAGCUGAUUAAACACAAUGUUAAUAGGGCUAAUCGCAUAUUCCACGUCUGUCAGAGGACUAAGAGGCUUCAUUUUCAAUCCUCCAUUUUACACACAUUUGUUCAAUUUCCACAAACGAAUGCACAGCCUCUUAAAUGGUAUAUGCUAGUUUGUAUUUUAAUUUGAACUCCGCAUGAUCAGGGCAUACAUGAUGUACAAGACAGAGAGAGUCCCUCUGAACGCUUCUGUUUAUUUUGCGAUCUUCCUCUAUCCAUCCAGCCCUCAUCCGCUCUCAGUAAGAAACCCUUUUCUAUAUCAGACGUUGCCUUAGUACAUAUGCUAUGUUACAAAAACCAAAUACUUGGAGGUAUUCAUUUGGAAAAUAUAGAAAAGAGCAAUUGGAAUUUUUUAGGCUAUAGGGUUAAAAAUCUCCUCACUGUACUUUCCUUGACUUCGGUUUACUAUAAGAAAAAAAAAAGGUGAAUACGUGUGGAGAACAGUCGUUUUUAGGUGUAUAUAAAAUAAAACGGAGUCAUUCGUUUUAUUAGUGUGUGAAUUGUACCAGGUGAAGCUGUUGAUUUUUUUUUCUCUACAACAGCACACAUAAUAUGCUAACUAAAUUUAAUAAGACAGAUGAUGCUUUUGAUAAAGUGCAGGCAUUUGACAUUAGUUUGUGAUGUGAUUGAAGGUCAUAUUUUAGGGGUGGGGGGCAAUUAUGAGAAAAUGUAGCAAUAAUUUGUUAGUUUCCUGGGUGUGUUCAAUUUUAUGCAACUUUAAUAAAAAAAAAAUAUUGUUAAACAUCA